AUGACCCUUCUUCAAGCUUUCACAAUCUACAUCAUCUGCGGAAGGUUCGACAAGAGGGGUCCCGAUGUCAAGCAUCUAACAUCUCUCGCUAUCAAAACUGCCCAAAAGAAUGGCUUGGACAAAAUUGACAGCAAUUCAAUGCUUUCUCCCUUCGAGAGUGAAAUGCGGCGUCGAAUUUGGUGGCAGCUGUAUACACUAGAUGUCCGAAAUGCCGAAGACCAUGGCUUGGAGCCAUGCAUAUCAGAGCCCUCGGUUACGACACGGCUUCCGCUGAGCAUCAAUGAUUUGAAUCUCCAUCCCGGAAUGAGUGAAAUACGCCAAUCAAGCUCAGAAAGAACAGAGAUGCUAUUCACUCUCAAUAGACACAAUACUAGCACUCUCGUUCGCCGAAUCAUGUUCUCAGACAGUUUCUGUCAACAGAAUGCCUAUCCGGUUUUAUCGAUAUCAGAAAAGUGUGAUGAGAUUGAUAUAGCCCGAGAAAAGAUUGAGGAGCAGAUAUUAGCUCUUUGCAAUCAUGAUAUUCCGGUGGAUUACAUUACUGCAGCUUCCAGUCGGCUGGUCCUUGCCAAGCUCAAGCUCAACGUGAUCAAACCAAAGGCCAGACAGAACCAGCAUAUCAUAACCCAGGAAGGGUUUCGGCGCACUUGCGUGGAAAUCUUGAAAAGUGCCCGCGCACUUCGCUGUUAUGAGAAUGGAAAGCAAUGGCUCUGGCUUUUCCAAACGUAUGUGGAGUGGGAUGCUCUGACGUACCUCUUCAUCAAUCUAUCUCUGGUUCCGUCGGGUAGCACAACCGACUCCGCAUGGCAAGCAGCAGAGGAUAUAUACGAGUACUGGAGGAAUCAUAGCGAAGUUGUCUUCGAUGAUCGAUGGAAACAGAUCGAGGGUCUACGCUCGCAUGCUUUUUCGGCAAGACAGAUGUACCGCGAUAAUCCAGCUCAAUUCGGCCCAUUGCCGACUGAAUUUGAUAGCCCUGGAGGACCGUCAAUGAUGCUAUCGACACGAGUGGAAGAGGCUGGGCUAGGUGGAGGUCAUGCUGGCGACUUGAACCUGCAAUCUGAAAUUACGGGGGGGACGUAUAAUCCCCAGCCAACAGAUGCGAUGGGAGUUCAGGCGAGUUCACAAGGCAAAUUGACAGAGGCGUGUGCGAAUGUACUGGAACCUGGUUCUAGCGUAGACCCUUUGGAUAUCUCGAUUCCUACGACCGGAACAUCCUGUCAGUGGAGCGCGGCUCUUUUCGAUCGCUAUUUUCAAGUGUUAGAUUCAGAACAGAACAUGGCUAUGUCAUGGUUAUGA